AUGGAGACUCAGACAAAGGAAUUCUUCGAAGAGGAAACUCGUUGCCAGAAUGAUGAACAGCAGAACGAGCAAAAUCAGGACGCCUGGAUUCAAGGCAAAGAUACCCAGAGCGGUAAUUCUUUUGAGGAGGAAAUUAACAGGCUAAAGACUCUGUUGGAUGCAGAAAGAGCCAGAUUCAACGAGGAACACCAAAGAGCAAACGACUUGGAAAAAGAACUGCAUGACGCGAAACUCAAGAUAGAAAAACGCGAGUUUAAUGAAAACGACGUGGUCGAAUGCAGUGAGGCAAAAAAAGGAUCCAAUGCCAGUGACGACAUCCGGUACUCUGAGCUCCUCAUGGAAAAUAAAGCCCUUCAACAUCAGCUAAGAUCUUCCCAAGAUAAAGAGGCACUUUUACAGAGAGAGAUGGAGGAAAGUACGGCCUUAUACCAAGAAGUCCUGGCUAAGCUUCAAAAUGAUAUUGUUAAUCUGUCAGAGCAGGUGGUGACGUUGCAGGAAGAGCUGGAAAUGGAAAGAACAUCUAACUGUAAAACAAAUACAAACAAGAAGUUUUUUAAGAUCCUGAAAGAUGAAAACACAGCUCAGAGUACAGAACUGAAAAAGGCCAUGGCACUGCUGAGAAAGACGUCUGCAGAGAAGGAGAGGCAUCUUCAGGAAGAGCUGAAGAAGAUGAACGACUCACACCAGGAACUUAACACCAAUUAUCAAACUUCUGUACGGCAAGCGGAGUCAUUCAGGAAGAAGCUAAGCGACAAUGAAGUUGCUCAUGCUGAAGUAGUGAAGAUGAAUCAGACACUAAUUGCGGUUCUAGAAGCUGAGAAGGAGGCUCUUCACCAACAACUUUGUCAACAACAGAAAGAGCUUGAGCAAGUCAAAGACAUAAAUCUGGAAAUGGUUCAGAAGUAUGAAAACGACAUUUUAGGACUUAAAGAAGAAAUAGAAACAAUGGAGCAGGAGCACAGGGAUGAGAGAUAUCGUCAUGCUGAGGUUGAAAUACGGAAUGGUAAGAGAGCCAAAUUCCUCCAUGCUGAAAAGAACAUGCUACAGAAAGAACUGGAUGAAGUGAAACGCAGGUUGUUUUUGAAUGAAGUAAAAUAUAAAGAAGAGCUGGAGGCAUCAACAGCUGAAAUUGAACACCAAAUUGCACGCAACCAUAAGCUGUCGGAGGACCUAAAACAGAAUGCCGAAGCAAAGGCUGCCGUCCCGGUGAAGAAGCCAUUUUUGAAAAAGCUUCGCCAUGCUCUGGGUUUGAGGAAACCCGAAAAAUGGAAGAGAAAGCAGGCUGCUGAAGAAAAUGUUUAAUGCUUUUCUAGGUGAGGGGCCAAGACCAUCAAGCUUCUCACCAUAAUGGAUGGAUGUAUGGAUGGGUGAAGAUUUGUAAGUCAUUAGCUACGACCACAUCA